GGCCAUGCCCGGCAGGCGUGGGCCGGGGGGGCGUCCCCUUGCGCCCGGGCCCCGCGAUGGCGCCCCCCCCCCCCCCCCCCCCCGGGCCAUGGCGUUCACCUUCGCUGCGUUCUGCUACAUGCUCACCCUGGUGCUGUGCGCCUCCCUCAUCUUCUUUGUCAUCUGGCACAUCAUAGCCUUUGAUGAGCUGCGGACCGACUUUAAGGACCCCAUCGACCAGGGGAACCCAGCGCGGGCACGCGAGCGUUUAAAAAACAUCGAACGCAUCUGCUGCCUCCUGAGGAAGCUGGUGGUCCCAGAGUACUCCAUCCACGGCCUCUUCUGUCUGAUGUUUCUGUGUGCAGCGGAGUGGGUGACCCUGGGCCUCAACAUCCCCCUCCUCUUCUACCACCUCUGGAGGUACUUCCACCGCCCUGCGGAUAGCUCUGAGGUCAUGUAUGAUGCAGUCUCCAUCAUGAAUGCCGACAUCCUCAACUACUGCCAGAAGGAGGCCUGGUGCAAACUCGCCUUCUACCUGCUCUCCUUCUUCUAUUAUCUGUACAGUAUGGUUUAUACGCUGGUGAGUUUCUAAGGGGGAAGCCGGCCAGGGAGCGAGCCCAGAACGGACCGGACGCUUGUGCACCCCCAGCCCUGCUCCUCGGGCGCAGUGGCCUCAGCCCUGAGGAGGGAAGGGGCACUGGUGCCCCCAGCCUCCUCUCCACCCCCCAAACUGCUGCUGCGGGGACCUCCCGCCUUCAGAGCCCACUCCCCUUGGACUAGGGCUGGGCAGAGCUCUAAAUAGGGGCAGGAGCUCCUCUGCCAGCCUGUGGGCAUGGCGAUCAGUCCUGGAAGGGGCGGAACCUCCGGCCUUGUCCAA